AUGCUUAAUAUAGAUGAAAAUUAAUAAAGUCAAAUCAAUUUAUUAAGGAAGCAAUACAAGCAAGAAAUAUUUACAUUGUCUUAACAAUACAUUAAAUCUUAACAAGGUAUUAUCAUAUUAAAUUAUCAAAGAAAUAUCUGAGUUAAAUGCUUAGUUAGAAUAGUCAAGAAAACAAGCGGAUGAAUUCUUGAGAUUAAAAAGUAAAUAUGAGUAGGAAAUCUAAAUGUACAGAAGUAGGGCAUAGACUUUAGAUUUAGAAAUAAGAUAAGUUAGAGAGCAAAGGAACUCUACAGCUUAAAAUGAAAUAACUAAAUUAACAUAAGAAAUUGCAAGAUAUUAAUCUGAAGUAUAGGUUCGAUCUUCAGAUAGAGAAUUAUAUGAAAGAACAAUAAAGACUUUGAAUGAUAAAAUUAAGGAGAUGGACAAUGAUAUUCAAAUAUUGAUUGAGGCUCAUAAUUAAAAUCAAUUUUAAUUAGAAUCUGCUAUGGCUGAAUCAAAGAGUAAUAUGCAAUAUUAAAUUGAUUAACUAAAGCAGGAAACGAUAUUCUAUUAAACUUAAUGUAAAUAAUGGUAAGAAAAAUGUUAAACAGCAGAAAUGUAAAAAGAAGAGAGUGAAAGAAGAAUUAUUUAAAUGGAAAUAAGAAUUAAUGAAACUUAAAAAUAAAAUGAAUAGAAUUAAAACGACAAAGCCUAAAGGGAUAGUCAUUAAAUCCAUAGCAUUCAAAAUGAAUUAGAAAAUUGGAAAUAAAAAUAUAUUUCUUUAGAAAGUAAGAUGAAAGAUUAUGAUAAUUAAAGAAUGAAAAUAAUUUAAUAUGAAGAGCAAUUAAAUUUUUACAGAAAUGAAAAUUAAUAAAUGAAAGAAGAAUUAUAAAUUUUAAUCACAGAAAUUAAAUAACUACAGGAUCAAAAUAAUGGAUAUCGUUUAAGUAUUACUCAAUUAGAAAAUGCAACUAGAAAUAGUUUAGAAACUGAUAGAUAUAAAACUUAAAUUAGAACUUUAGAAAAUACUAUAAAUCAAUUAAAUCAAUAAAUAAAUGCUUAUAAGAUUGAAACUAAAGAACUUGAGUAAUAAGUAAUGUACCAUUAAAACAAAAAUACAAAUGUUGAUUAUUUUGUUAAAGAAAAAGAUGAAACAAUUUAGAGACUUUAAUAUAAAUUAAAUAAUAUGGAACAAGAAUUACGUAUUAUAUUUGAAGAGUAACUAAAGAUUGAAAAAUUAGAAUGGGAUCGAUAGAAAUAAACUUAAAUUGAUGAGUAAUUAUAAAAAAUAACAAAAAAAUAUGAAUCUGAAACAUUGACUUUAAGGUAACAUUUAUCCUCAUUAGAAAUAGAAAAUCAAUCAUUAAAUAAAUAAUAUGAAAGAUUAAAAAAAGAAGGAGAAUUUGGUGUUUAAAGACAAUCUGAAAAAGAUAAAAGUAGAAUAUUUGAACUUGAAAGAUAGAUUAUAUAAUUAGAGAAUUAAAUAUCUAUAUAAAAGAAAGAUUUUUCUUUGAAAAUUGAGUAAGCCACUUAAUCAUCAAAUAUAAAGGAGUAUUAUGAGAGUUAAUUAAAGUAGAUUAAUGAAAAAUUAUAACGUGAAUAAGAUUAUGUAAAAUAAUUGAAUGAGCAACUAUCAAUAGAAUAAAAAAAGAUUAUAGAUUUAGAAACCCGUUACUAGAAAGAAACUCGAGAUAUUAAAAUAUAAUAAGAGAAGAGAAUUGAAAUUUAAUAAGCAUCAUAAUAUUAGUUUGAAUAAGAAAGUCAUUAAAAGGAUUUGGAGAAAUUGAGAAGAGAAUACAGGAUGAUAGAGUAAUAAUGUUAGGAAUUGGAAGUUUAAGUAAAAUUGUGGAAAGAAAAGUUUUAUGAUGAAUAAUAGAAGCAUUAAGAAAUAAGACAACAAUUGAUUGAAAUAAGAUCUUAAUUUGAUUCUCAUUAAGUUGUGUAUUCAUAAUCAGAUUAUGAUAAAUAAAGAGUUUAGGAUUUAGAGUUGGAAUUAAUUUAAUUAUAAGAAUAAAUUAGAAUACUUUAAAUAAGAGAAGAAAAAUAUAAAGAAUAAAUUACAACAUAUACUAUGACUGUAGAAAAACAGAAAUCUAAUUUAGAUGAAUUGAAGAGAAUCAAAUAAUAGGAGUAUGAAAUUGAAUCAUUGAAGAUUUAAUGUAGAGAUUUAGAAAGGUAAUUAUAGGAUAAGACAUUGGAAUUUGAAAAAAUGUUGAAAAGAAAAUAAGAAGUUAAAGUUGAAACUAUUGAAGUUUCCUCUAAUUCAGACAAGUUAAAAAUUUAGGAAUUAGAAUCACAAUUAUCAUUCUUAAAAUUGUAGUUGUAACAAUUAAACAAUUAAAAAUAAGAAUUUGUAAGAGAAACCAUAAGAGAAACAGUACAAGUAAGAAGUUAGGAAGACAUCAAAAUGAUUGCGUAACUUGAGGAAGAAUUAUCAUUAUGGAAAACUAAAUAUUAUGAAUUAGAUAGAAGAAAGAAUUAAGUAGUUGUUGAAACAAUCAGAGAGAUUUAAUCUCUUGAAAGUGAUAAAUUAAGAAUAAAAGAAUUAGAAUAUUAACUCUAAUAAUUAGCUUCAAAAAAAUAAGAGGUAAUUCGGGAAUAUGUAACAGAAAAGAUUGAAGUUCCUUUAGAAUCUGACAAGAUAAAAAUACGUUAAUUAGAAUCUCAAUUAAGUAAUAUUCAAAGGGAUUAUUAGUUAUUAAAUUAAAAAAAAUAAGAAAUAAUUAAGGAAACAAUAACUAUAGAAGUACCAUCUUAAGCAGAUAAAUCCAGAAUUUAAUAAUUAGAAUCUCAAUUAUCAUAAUUAAAAUAAGAAUUAUAGAUUCUCAGUUAGAAAAAACAAGAAGUAAUAUAAGAAAUAAUAAAAGAGAGAGUUGAAGUUCCAAUGGAAUCAGAUAGAUAAAGAAUAUAUCAAUUAUAAGAACAAUUGGAAAGAUUAUCAAGAGAUUAUUAGAUUUUAAAUCAAAAAAAAUAAGAAGUAAUAAAGGAAACUGUUACUGUUGAGGUUUAAUCAUAAGCAGAUAAAUUAAGGAUUUAGUAAUUAGAAUCUUAAUUAUAAUAAUUAAGAACAGAGUUAUAAAUUAUAACAUAAAAGAAAUAAGAAGUUAUAAGAGAGGUAAUCACUGAAAGAGUGGAAGUAGCUUCAGAAGCAGACAAAUUUAGAAUUAGAUAAUUAGAACAACAGUUAGAAAGUUUAAAUAAAAAUUAUGAGAUCCUUAAUAAAAAGAAGUAAGAAAUAAUAACAGAGACAAUAAAAGUUGAAGUUCCUUCUUAAGUAGAUAAAUUAAGAAUUUAAUAACUAGAAUAACAAUUAAAUAAUGUUAGGUUAGAAUUAUAAAUAGUAUCACAGAAGAAAUAAGAAGUUAUUAAGGAAGUGGUGACUGAAAGGGUGGAAGUUAGUAGAGAGUCAGACAGAAAAAGAAUCUUAGAAUUAGAACAAGAUUUAUAUAAAUUAUAAUAAGAUUACAUCGCUUUAAAUAAAAUUAAAUCUGAAAUUAUAAAAGAAACUGUGACACUAGAAGUACCAUCUUAAGCAGAUAAAUUUAGAAUUUAAUAAUUAGAGGCUUAAUUGUCAUAAGUAAAAAAUGAAUUACAACUGAUAUAAACUAAAAAAUAAGAAGUUAUUAGAGAAACAGUUACAGAAAGAAUAGAAGUAUCAUCUGAAACUGAUAAGUAUAGAAUAAGAUAACUUGAAUAACAAAUAUCAACUAUGAAAGAAAAUUAAAAUGCAUUUGAAAAUGAAAUUCAGAAUUUGAAAAUACAAAAUAAAAAUCUUUAAAGUUCAAGUUAUGAAUACCAAGAUUAAUUGAAAAUAUAUUAAUCAAGGCUUGAAGAAAACUAAAAAUAGAGAUCAGCGGUAAUUUAAUUUGAAAGAAAAGAAUAAGAGUUAUAAAAUUAGAUUUAAAUUUUAGAGAAUUAAAAAGGAAGAGAAAUUAAUGAUUUAAAAAAUUAAAUUGAAUUUAUGCAAAAAGAAAAUUAAAAGUUAAAUGAAAUGAUAAAAAUUAAAUUGGAAGAGAGUGAAUAGUGGAAAAGAAAAUGUUUGUCUGUUUAAAGUGAAAUUUCUACAAAUUCAAGUGAGGCUGAGUCAUUGAGGAUGUAAUUGAAAUCUUUAGAAUAAAGCAGAGAAACAAUUAAAUUCGAACUAGAUAAAGUAAAUAAGAUGUAUUUCUAAAUUUAAAAUGAGUGUACAUAGUACAAGUCAAGAUGUAAUGAACUUGAAUUAAGAAAUAAAUAAAUAAGUAGAGAGAAUUAGGAAUAUUAAGAGCGAUAUUAAUAAAUCGAUUUUGAAAAAAUUAGUAGAUUGGAACAAGAGAAUCGAAGAAAAACAGAAAAUAAUUAAUAGUUAGAAUCACAAUUGAAAAAUCUUUAAAAUUAAUUAUCUCUUAAAGAUAAAUAAAUGCUUUAAUUCUAAGAAAAUAUUUCAGAAUUACAAGCUACCGUUCGAUCUUUAAGGGUGGAAAAUUAGGUUAUAUCUGAAAAAACUAAUAAAUAAUAAGUAGUAGUUCGAGAAACAUAAAAGUAAUAUCAUUAAUAUUGAUAGCAAUCAAAAAAUAGUGGAACUCGAAACAAGAAUAUAGGGUUUGAAUGCUGAAAUCUAAAGGCAGAUUUAAAUGAAAGAUUAAAUUUAAGCUAAACAUGAUAUAUUGAUAGAAAGAGUAAAAUAAAAUAAUAUUAAGGCUACUGAAUAUGAAUCAGAGAUUAACAUGCUCAGAAAUGAAUUAUAGAAAAAGAGACAAAGCUCUAUACAGAAUAUGCCUAUAGUUACAAGGACUUAUGAAAUUCAUAAAGUUGGAGAAGUUGUUAACAAUAACACAGGGUUAGUUUCAGGAUUUAAUCUAGAAGACAGUAGAAAAAUAAAAUCAAUAAUUAAUACGCAAUAAUUGAAAUCUGAAAUUUCAAAUUCUGCUUCCAAUAUUAAAGAAUCUCAGUUUUCUAUUAAAUCAAAUUCUUAAGUAUAGCCGUUCAAUCCUUUAAGAAGUGAUGUAAAGAUUAUUUAUAUAAAUAGUUAAUAAAGUAAAAGGCUUAAUUGAAUCGAAUGGAUGAGCAAUCUUAUAAAUGAAUUUUAC